CCGGGUUCACCCUCAUUCUGUUCUCACCCACCUCACCCUCACCUUGACCUCGUCCUUUCUUUCCACAUCCGGGCAACACAAAAGUGCUCCGAUCCCUGCUGUGCCUUUCGUCUUGAAGCCUGAAUCCCUAAUUAAUCCUCCUUCACUUAGCUCCACUGAAAGGGCAUGCCUGCUGGUGUCAUCGCACAGCUUGGAAACUGCAGGGUGUAAAUCCGAUGUGCGGUGCCAAUUAAUUGGAUUCCCCUCACCUCACCUCGCCUCGCCUCGCCUCGCCUUAAAUCCUUCUGUGAUUGGCCAGCAUUUCGAGGCUACCUUACCUACGGAUAUUGGCCCCCAUCCCGUCCCUCGUCCACCAAAUUCAGACCAAAGGUUUCCGUUUCACAGUUGCGUCACCGAAGGAAUUAGGAAAGAGCACAGAAGACCAGAAUCGAUCACAGAAAUCUGGUUGGCCAUGCUCGCGGCCGUCUUAGUUCGCGGGAGCCGCCACGGCAAGAGGCUGCUGGUCUCGCCCGCGCUGAACCUUAAAUGGCCGGCAAAUGCAAAUACGCAGUUUGGGCUGAGGUCCAGACAGGGCAUCAACCUCAUCGCCAGCAGACUCGUCCAUGGCGAUGCGACCGGCCACAACCACGAGCCCAAGACGGAGGGCAUCCGCAACAUUGGCAUCAUUGCCCACGUUGAUGCGGGAAAAACGACGACCACAGAGCGCAUGCUGUUCCAAAGCGGACGCACACGACAUCUCGGGAAUGUCGAUCAUGGUGAUACUGUCACUGAUUUUCUCCCCCUCGAGAGAGAGCGUGGCAUCACCAUCCAGUCGGCAGCAAUCACUUUCAACUGGCCGCCCUCGCACAUGUGCCCGCCCGGCUUGGAGCCCAAGACCAUUAACCUCAUUGACACGCCGGGACAUCAAGACUUCCGCUACGAAGUUGACCGUUGUCUUCCCAUCCUCGACGGCGCCGUGUGCAUCCUUGAUUCCGUCAAGGGCGUUGAGGCCCAUACGGAGCGCGUCUGGCAGUCAGCACAACUGUCCAAGAUCCCGAGGCUCAUCUUCAUCAACAAGCUUGACCGCGAUGGUGCAUCCUUUAAGAGAUCGGUGCAUGAGAUAGCCUCGAGACUCGCCACCUGGCCGCUGUUGUGCCAAAUCCCCUGGUGGAACAAGGAUGAGUUUAUUGGCGUCAUUGACGUCGUCCACGAGCUAGGCCUCAGAUUUUCGAGUACCGGUCACAUGAGCGUCACCAGCAAGGAAACCAUUGCCCGCGAAAAUUCUGCACUCGCUUCCGAGAUUGAAAUUGCUCGUAUCCGCCUCAUUGAGACACUAUCUGAGCACGACGACGCGCUCAUGGACGAGUUCAUGGAGCAUGAGAAAGAUGUGCCUGCCGGCUCCAUCAAGAGGGCCAUCCGCCGCUUGAUCAUGGAUGGCGAGGCCAAAUUCAGCCCUGUGUUUGCUGGCGCCAGUCUGCGCAACAUUGGCGUCCAGCCGCUGCUCGAUGCAGUUGUCGACUAUCUCCCAAGCCCAGUGGACCGUCCGGAGCUGCAGAUCAUAGAUGGCACCAAGGCAUUCCCCUUCUCUCAGAUUCUUGAGCGGGAGAUCAAGAAAAAGAAACACAGCCACCACCAAUCGCCCAUCGUGGCCAUAGCUCAUGUCUUUAAAGUCGUGGAUGAUCCGCGCCGCGGCAUGAUGAGUUUUGCCCGCGUCUACCACGGCGCCCUUAGUCGCAGCAAUCAGAUGUGGAAUAGCCACAUCCACGGCUUUGAAAAGCCAAUGAGCCUCUUAAAUGUGUCGGCAAACGACUACAACGAGCUGCAGCACUUGUCUACUGGCCAGAUUGGCGCUAUGACGGGCCUGAAGUCGGCUCGAACAGGAGACACUCUCAUCACGUUCCCGGGCCACCACAGCAAUGCACCCGAGUCGUUGAGAAAUAUCCGCAUCAAGGCCCUAGAAACCCCGCCGGCCGUGGCCUUCAUUGCCAUUGAGCCCUACACAAAAACAGCGAGCGAGAAAAUCCAGGACGCACUGAAAAAGCUCUCGCGCGAAGAUCCAAGCAUUCGCUGGACCAAGGGCGAGAAGUCGGAGCAGCUCGUCCUCUCUGGCAUGGGCCUCCUUCAUCUUGAGAUUGCGCAGCACCGGCUCCGGACCCAUUACAAGAUAGAAAAGGAAUCGGCAAUGUGGGGCGACAUUGAGGUGGAAUACUCCGAAUCCCUCCUCGCACCAGUCGGCCCCCAUCGGGCCCUCUAUGACCGGCCUCUUCGUGACAAACCUGGCAAGGCUGCCUGCACCGUCACACUCGAGCCAGUCGAGGCGCGCCACCAGCACGAAUCGCUCCUCGAGUCGUGCAUCGUACGCGAUACCAACAUUUUCCACAUUGUCAUUCCUCUUCCAGCGAACACGGCCAUGAAAGGCUUUGCCUUCGACCCGGAAACUGUGCGCCAGCAGCUGCUCAACGGCGCAAUUGCCGGAUUGGCCAGAGGACCUCGGCGGAAUGCUCCCGUGGGCAGGUGCCACGUCCACAUCGAGUUCAAUCCUGAGACAGACUUUUUCGGAGCCGCGUCGACGGGCGGACACAUCACUAACGCGGCCAUACACGCAGUACGAGACGCUCUCAAGGAGGCGUUUGCGAAGGGCCAGGUCGGCAUCUCAGAGCCCUUCUCCAACGUGCACAUCAACUGCCCCGAGGAAGCAAGCAACUCAAUUCAGCACGACCUGGUCUCGGGGCGGGGCGGCCAAGUGCUCGAGGUCCGCCGACCCGACUACGACUUGUCUAGCGAGAGCGGAAUCGACCUCUCCAAGGUCUACGUGCCCCCAGGCCCCUACGACUCGGUGCAGUCGCUCCGCGGGCCCAAGAAGGCCGGUGUCCGCAUGUUGGACAUCAUCGGCAAGGCACCGCUCAAGGAGAUGAUGAAGUACGACAGCCAGCUCCGAAGCAUGACGAGCGGUCGCCACUCGCUGCAGCUGGAUCCUGGCGGCUUCGAGCUUGUGACUGGCCCUCGGGAGAGAGCUCUGGAAGAGGCAAGGCUAUAGGCUAGUCGAAGUCGAAGUCGGGGGCCCUCCUUUGUCAUCACAAUGGUCCGAAUAGCCGUGUUCCUGUGCCUAGUUAUGAUUUUCGAGAAUCUGUUCACCUGAUACGGAGAGUGUCACCUUGAGCAAGUACUUGCGAGUACACGCGCGCGGACUGCAGGCGAACCGGAACAGACGCUGUCCAACUAGUACUAGCCUGCCGGGCCAACUCGGAUAUGAGUUAUGAGUCUACUGCUGUCGCCCCUCACCGAAGGUCAACGGGCUUUCAUAUAUGAUGUAUCACAUUCUGUAUUCUACGUUUUGUUGGACGGACGGCCGACUAUGAAGGGACGAAGGGUAGACUGCGGCCGGGCCUAGCGAAGGGCACGAGCACGAGCACGAGCACGAGCACGAGCACAAGCACAAGCACAAGCACAAGCACAAGCACGAGCACAAGCACGAGCACGAGC